GGUCCCGCGGCGGCGGCGGGCGCGGCGGGCGAGGGCGGUCUAGCCGGGGCUGGUUAAAGGGACGAGUUGCAAACAGUUCAGGAAGUGACAAGUCGAUUUCCUCCUCCCUGGGAGCCGCUCGGUACAAAGCGCUCGGCGCCGGCAGGAGAGCGUGCGCGCGGCGGACGCGCGGCGGGCAGCCGGGACGACUUGGCGAGCGCCUGCGGCGACGGCGCGGGGCCGGCGCCCGGAGCGCCCCGUCGCGCACAGGCGUUUCCUGGAGGAGCCCUUCGCCAAGCGUGAGCAGCCGAUCGGGAACUGCUCCUGCUGAUGCCAGGCCACCUCAGCCCUGGGAGGUGCCCAGCAGGCCACCUGUGCCCAAGUCCGCCCAACUGAAGAUGGCUCGUGGCCGCCCUGGGAUGGAGCCCAGCGCCUGAGAUCCUUACCAUGGUGAUGAUCCUAAGUAAAAGCCUCGACAACCAGGGAGCCGACGCCAUAGCGUGCAGGACCUUGAACCCUGAGCUGCACACGCCAAAGAAGAUGAGUCAAGGACCGACACUUUUCUCUUGUGGAAUUAUGGAAAAUGACAGAUGGCGAGAGCUGGACAGGAAAUGCCCUCUUCAGAUCGGGCACCCGAGCGCCGGCAUCUGGGAGUGCCUGCCUGAGAAGUGUCAGGAUGGCCCCCUGUGGCACCGGGAGGCCGCGACUGCCUGUGCCGUGACCAACCUGAUCAAAGACCUCAGCCUCAGCGACCACAACGGGAACCCCUCAGCACCCCCCAGCAAGCGCCAGUGCCGGUCACUGUCCUUUUCCGAUGAAAUGUCCAGCUGCCGGACAUCGUGGAGGCCCCUGGGCUCCAAGGUCUGGACUCCCGUAGAAAAGCGACGCUGUUACAGUGGGGGCAGCGUCCCGCGCUACUCUAACGGCCUCAGCACCAUGCAGAGGAGCUCCAGUUUCAGCCUCCCCUCCCGGGCCAACGCGCUGUCCUCGCCCUACGACCAGGCGGGAUUCCACCACCGAUUCGGAGGUCAGCCUUGCCAGGCGGCACCGGGCUCGGCUGCCUGUGGACAGGCGGGUGACCUCUGGAGCCCCGACCCGAGCCCCGGGGGCGGGGGCCGGCUCGACAUGCAGCGGUCCCUGUCCUGCUCCCACGAGCAGUUUUCCUUUGCGGAGUACUGUCCACCCUCAGCCAGCAGCACACCUGCCUCCACGCCAGAGCUGGCCAGACGCUCCAGCGGGCUGUCCCGGAGCCGCUCGCAGCCGUGUGUCCUGAACGACAAGAAGGUCGGAGUCAAGCGGCGGCGCCCGGAGGAGGUGCAGGAGCAGAGGCCUUCCCUCGACCUGGCUAAAAUGGCACAGAACUGUCAGACCUUCAGCAGCCUCAGCUGCCUGAGUGCGGGGAUGGAGGACUGCGGCCCACACAGCCCCUUUGCCCUGCACGUCAGCAGCACCAGGUCCUGGACCGCCUUGCUCUCGGCCUCAGCCUCCAGCCUGGGGGGCAGGACCCCCGCCGGGACCCCAGUCCCCGAGCCUCUGCCCCCGGCCUUCGACGACCAGCUGGCCUGCAAGGAGGAGCAGUGCUGUGAGGAGUCGGGCGGCUGCGGCCUGGGCGACGGCUGUGCCAGGAGUUGGGGGCCGGCCUCGGCCUGGCGGGACCGCGGGGCAGCUGGGAACAGCCCCUGCUCCCUGGAUGGCGAGUUGGACAUUGAACAGAUAGAGAACAACUGA